AUGCCGGAAACGAAAUUAUUCUCUUCUCCUCUAAGCUACUCCUGUUCAGCAUCUUCAACACAGAGACCAAAGUCACCUCCACCACCUCCGUCUACCCAAAAGAGGGACGAGAGCGGCAUGCAGACACCAUCUAUUCUGUGGCGAGCAUCAGAGAUUGGAUCACCACAACCACAAAAUGGUGACAUUCAACAGUUGCUUCACUACAUCGACAAUCUUUCGUUUUCGUCGGAAGCGAUCGACAAUGAACACUCUCUAUAUGUCCCAGAACAAGAAAAUAAGUUGGCAAAACAUGAGAACACCUCCUUUCAGAGUCCAAAGGCUUCUGUAUUGCAGAAUCGUUCCACGAAUCAUUCGAAGAAACAUAAUUCAUACCAUGAUGUUAUUGUCAAGGCACAAAGGUUCCCUGAUUUAACGCCUAUUCGAAGUAAACCGAGCCCCUUACGUUCGCCUCCCUCCGCGAAAAGCAGCUGCCGAUUGGAUCCAGUAGGUGCCACCCCGCUAAAGGCAAAGGAAAACCUACUUAACGAAGCCAGCCGUUAUAUCUACACUCGAGAAGAGGAACCUAUCGGGAACUCACCUAUGCGCUUAAGCGAAAGGCACCUCUUUCAGUCUAGUAGACAUUAUCUGAGUGAUGAAGAAAGUAGCGCCAGUAGCUUGAUCCCUCACGGACAAUUGGAGACGAAUCGGGCAUCUUCUUCCUUUUUUGCAACAAAAGCGAACGAAUACCACAACAAAAGCUUGCUUCCCACUCCCUCACGACAAAGGCAUAGGCCAGAACCAGAAGCAAGCCCAAGAAAGGCUCUUGAAGCUUCUCUGGAGCACAGCAUUGACGAGGCAUGGUCAAUUGUCCUGGGCUCAACUAUCAUCGAAGAAAGUGAUGCCGAAGAUGAAAAGAAACAGGUACAAUCGACGACAGCAACGAAUCAGGACCACUUGGUUCAAGGGCCAGCGACACCAGGUAUCAGCCGAAGCGGCAGAAUCCUGGAUGAUUUGCCAGACAAGGUGAAAUCCCCGGAGGAUGCUAAAAAACUACUUCGCACGGCUGUCCAUACAUUGCAAGAUGCAAGAGCGGAAAGAGAGUCAGCACGACAGUGGGCUACAGGCAUGAAAGAUGCUGUACACAAGUGGGUCGAGCAGCAGCGUGAGUUGAUGAAAGCAGAAUCUAGUGUCACUCAGUCCAGGGCUUGGCAGCAAUCCCAAUUACAGUCUCUGUCGAACUUGGAAGGCUCGAUUCAAAAUCUUUGUCAGGAAGUUCACAGCUCGAAUCAACAGCGGACAUCAACAGAGGAAAAGCUUCACAAGCUCCUCGUUGAUCAGCGAGAAAAGAUCCAGUCCAUGGCGGAAGAAGUCUUGUCUAUGAAGCAGCAGAUUCAACAAAUGGACCAGCAAGUUACUCAACCAGAAAAGACAAAUACUCCAACACGCAAAAAGAAAGGCAAAGUGACGUCAAAUUCAAGCUCCAAAUUAAAGCUGGAAACUCCGAGUCGCUCGACGGCAUCAUCAACGGCUUCUUCUCGCGUCCGGAAAGAAGGGAAAGAUGGUGGUCAUAUCAUUCUAUAUGGGAAUGGAGUGCGAAAAGAAGUUCACAAAGAUGGGACUACAGUUAUUCGCUUUACGAAUGGCGACGUCGAAACCAAGUUUUCUGGCGGAACAACAGCUUACUUUCAUGCAAAAGAUCGAGUCAUGCAGAUCAACAACACGGCUGACGGGUCAACGCUUUUCGAGUAUCCCAACCGUCAGAUUGAGCGUCACUACAGGGACGGUAGCAAAGCAAUUCUGUUUGCUGAUGGUACGAGACAUCGUAUUUCUGCGCAAGAAAAAAUGGACACAGCAUUUGUGAAAGCAUAA